GGACGAGUGUAAACAAAACAUCCUCCAAUCCUACCUCUGGAAGGAAUCUGGAAUGGAAAAAUGUUACAUAACAUGUGGUGUGCGGUUUAGCAGCUCGUAGUUAUAUAACUGCUAGGUUUUGCAUUGUAGGACUUCUAUCCUUAAUGUUUGCUCCAGUUUUUUUGUAACUUGAUAUUUCAAAUCUUCAGUCCGUGCUUUGCUCCAUUCAACACGAUUUUCGAGGAAAGACAGGAUCUCUUCUCUUCUAAGUAUCCACAACACCCCAGUUCCGAAGUGCCUCUGGAUUGUUCAGAUUCCUCGAUAUUUUCUGAUUGGAGAGGAGACAUAACAGAAAGAAACAAGAAUGACAGAAACUGAGAAAAAUGAAACUUCAGGACAAGAAGAGGCUCCGUCAGAACCAGUUAUUUCCAACACCACUUAUCGACAGAUUGUGUUGGCACUCAUACUUGCAAUUCCAAGUAUUGCUCCAGGAAUGACGUUUGGCUAUUCAGCUGUGUCAUUGGAUAGUAUUCCAGCAAAUCUUUCGCAAGAAUCUUGGUUUGCGAGCUUAGCAUGGAUUGCAACCCCUGUUGGCUGCUUGGCAAGCGGGCCGAUUAUGGAUAACUGGGGCCGGCGACCAGCAUUGCUUCUCAUCAACAUAGUUGGAUUUUGCGGCUGGAUAUUGUUAGCAUAUGCCUCAACAACUUUGAGCCUCUACACUGGACGAAUUCUGACAGGUGCAUCAAUAGGAUUCGCCUCAGCUCCGUCAUCCGUUUAUGUUGCCGAAUGCAUUGCGUCCAACAGUCUGCAGUUGCGUGGAAUACUCCUAACGUGGCCAACAGUAGCCUUGUCAACAGGUAUUCUCCUCGUUUACAUCAUGGGUUCACUUCUCAGGUUCACGGUUGUUGCCGGUCUUGGAGCAAUAAUCUCUGUUGCAUCCUUCUUCUGCAUUCUCUUCUUCAUUCCAGAAAGCCCGGCCUGGCUUUUGCUCAAAGGUAGAAGAGAGGAUGCGGAAGUGGCUCAAAGACGCUUAGGAUUAGGGAAGCCGCUGAGCGAGUCGCGAGUGGAAAGCGGCGAAGCUAGCACAUCAACUAAACUUCUGCCGUCUCAGUCUGAGUUGACGUGGUCAACAGCCUGGGAAGAACUCAAAAAGCCAGAGGCAUACAAGCCUUUGACAAUAGUCAUAUUUUUCUUCCUUUUCCAACAGUUCUCGGGUGUUCUCGUCGUUAUCAACUACCUGGUCGAGAUAGUCAGAAUCUCAGGAUUCGUUCUCCUCAAUCCCUACUUUGUCACAGUCGUUGCAGGGUUCAUCAUCCUGAUCUGUGCCUGCUCUGUGUCAUUCCUUCUCCCCAAGUUCGGUGUCAAAGGUUUGUCCACGAUCUCUGGUGUCGGAAUCGCUAUUUCCUGGUUGAUCAUCGGAUUGUAUAUUUUCAUUAGGAGAACUUGGCUUGUCGAGCUCCAGUACAGCCUCUUUAACCUCAUUCCACUCUGUGGCAUCAUUCUGAACGUUGUCUCGAGCUCCAUUGGGUUUUAUCCACUGCCGUUCGCCAUUCUCGGUGAAAUAUUCCCGCCUAAAAUCAAAGGUGUUGCUAGUGGCAUUGCAACUUGCGUAGCCUAUUUAUUCAGUUUCAUAGCUGUGAAAACAUUUAUUUAUCUUCAAUUGCACUUUUACAGUGCUGUGAUCUUCUUCUAUGCAGUAAUGGCUGCGUUCGGUGUAAUCCAUGUGAACUUAUUCUUGCCGGAAACUACUGGCAAAAGUCUGCAGGAAAUCGUGAAACAUUUCUCUGCAACUAAAAGUGGCUACGAAAAGAUCUAACCUAAUUUUUGCAAUAAAAUUGUUGUUGUACAAUUCAAGGGUCUCCUGAAAAUUGAAAUUACCUACUUCAGGUUGUACAACUUGUAAAUAGUCUUUUGAAUUUUAUCUCAUUCCAUUCUAAUAAAAUUUCCUUCCUAAUCAAGGUGUUCUACCGGAGUAUUCAAUAAUCAGUAUUUUAAGUUGUACAAUAGUUGUUUUGAAACUUUACUGAAAAUGUCAAUUGUGAGUUUGCUGUCCAGCAAGGGCUUUUUAUAUCAAAUUAUCCUCUUUAUCUGGUUGUCAAUACUCUGAUUUCAAGUGCCAGUAUUAGUUUUUCACUAUUUACUGUAAUUGGAACCUAACAACAUGUUAAGACUGAAUCAAUCGAUACCUUAUUGCAGCUAUUAUGUAGUGACUUGCCUCUGGAAAACAAACUGCAUCGGAGAUGUAUAAAAGAACGGAAAGAAAACAUAAUUUUCGAGUCAUCUAUCAGAGACAUCUCAAACCGAUUGUAAUUCUAACGAAGCGCUUUCUGCUCUUCUAUUUUACAAUCUAAGUACAGGUUUUUGAUAAGUUCAAAGUGCAUGAAGUUCAUAUGUCAAAAGAAUAUUCUGAUCUUGAUAUAGGUUUUUAUCAUGGUUUUUUUUCAAAGUAAAUUAUUCGACCCAAAUCUGCAUUUCUAACUUUUUUGUUCUUGUUGAACCUCAGUAAAAUUGUCCUUUUACCCCCGAACAUUACCCCAAAAAUAUUAAAUAUGAUAGUACGCAAUUUCCAUCAACUAUGUUGUUGCCUGUAUGUUAUCUUAAUCCUUAAGCAUCCAUUUUAUAAAUUCGGAGACUGCGAAAAUAUUCCUCUGAAUUGGUCUUCGAAAAUGCAGAGAAGUAUGCAAUUUUUUUUAGAUUUGUUGCAUUUAGGUUGCCUGCAAUAUGGUUCGGUUUUUGAACAUUAAUCUGGCUUUUUAUUCAAUCAGCUAUACUUUUCUUCGGGACCAUUGAAAGUUUCUUAAAUUUUUCUGAACAAUAUUCUUUGAUUAGGCACUGUAUAUUGCCAUCUCGGUGUGAUUUUUUUACCUGGAUCUUAUAUGUUAUCAUUACGUUUUUCUCCUUUUCUUUAUUUUACAGAAUUGGAGUCAUAACUUUUUUGUAAUAUUGAUAUAAUGUUAACUUUUUCACUUAUACAAUUUAUAUCAGAGGCAGAGGCUUCAAAUAAAUGACUGAGUAUUUUGUCACUUCAAUCGA